AUGGAAGUAGGAGUAUGCCCAAGGCAAACCGGUCAAGAAGAAUCGAUGAAGUGGGAAAAGUUCCAUAUCGAGAAGAUUAGCGACAUCAAGGAGGUGCCCCGGAUCGAUCGAUUUGAAGUCGAGCAGCAAACCGAGAGAGAGGCACCAGAGCCUGAUGAUGACGAUGACUUCUUUAUGCCCGACGACGAUAUGCUGACUAAGGCUGGGGUGGAGUACUAUGACGAGGAUGGCAUGUUUAUUGGUUAA